AUGUCGUUGGCAUCGAAUGGUUACGGCUCACCGGCUUUCAUCAAUUCCUACGCAGCACUUACUCAAAAGUACAAUGACAUCAAUUAUAUGAUCACUUGCGCCUCAUGGCCUAUCGAUAUCAACAUUGAGGUGAAGUCGGUCAACGACGGAACGCUGACAUAUCAAUUUUUGAGUCUCAACGAUGAUCAAGACAUAAUUACACCAAAAUCGGUG